AUGAAAGCUGAUUAUGAAGAGCACGAUGCUAUUCUGAUCGCUUGUUGCAUGAUGCAGAUCAAGGCCAAGUUCGAUUCUGAUGAAGGUCUGAACUUCAUUCAACAGUAUUACAUCAAUCAAGGACUGAAGAAGUUUGGUGAUGAUGGAAAGGGUGCUGUGGAUAAGGAAUUGAGACAAAUGCUCCUGAGAGAUUGUUUUACUGCUCCGGAAUUUGUUAAAGACAUGACCGUGUCUGAGCAAAAAAAGGCCCAAUCAGCAAUGAUAUUACUCGCGGAGAAACAAUUUGAAAAGACAAUUAAAGGUCGCCUAGUAUACCAAGGCGAUGGAACUCGUGAAUGGUUAUUGCAAGAGGACACUACAAGUCCAACUGCUUUGCAGGAAGCAAUCACCACUACUUGUGUUAUUGAUGCACACGAAGGUAGAGAUAUAAUGACGAUGGACGUGCCUAACGCUUUCAUUCAAACUUAUAUGCCUGAAGCUAAGGAAGGAGAAGAUCGUAUCUACAUGAAAAUCACUGGCAUGAUGGUCCAGAUAUUGAUUGACAUGGCCCCAGAGUAUCGCGAAUACGUUGUAUUAGAGAACGGAAAGCGAGUAAUCUAUGUGCGGGUACUACGUGCUAUAUAUGGGAUGUUGCAAUCGAGCCUCCUAUUCUAUAAUCAGUUUCGAAGUGAUUUGGAGGCAAAGGGAUUUGUUUUCAAUCCGUAUGACCCGUGUGUUGCUAACAAAGUUGUUUAUGAAAACAGCAAACUAUCAGGUUUCAUGUUGACGAUCUUAUGUCAAGUCACAUGGAUCCGAAAGUAA